ACAUAUCUGUCAGUACACUCUAGGUUAUUCGUCACUACAUGUAGCUAAGAGCAUUGAUUUGGGUUGAUGAUUCCUUUUGUCAAAACUCUGGACUUAUAUAAAUCUAUAUUUCACAAGGAACACGGCAAGACAAGCAUUCUAUAAUCCUUGGGAUGUGCACUAUGGACAGCAGAACAUAGACUGAUCUCCAGCCACCUUGGAAAUACCUUAGAAAGCAGAAGAUCAAGAAAAAUGAAAAAUAUUUUGCAAAUAUUUGCACUUCUCUUGGGUUUUUUGGGUUGUGGGUCUGCUGUAUUAUCAUUAUAUAAUCACUAUUGGAAAGUGUCUACAGAUGAUGAUAGCGUCAUCAUCACCUCCAACAUCUUUGAGAACCUCUGGAUGUCCUGUGCAGAUGACUCUACUGGUACUUUCAAUUGUCGGGAUUUUCAGUCGUUGCUUGCUUUACCAGGUUACAUCCAAGCAUGUCGUGCACUAAUAAUUACAUCCAUUGUGCUAGGCAUAUUUGGGCUGGUAGCAACUCUGGUGGGUAUGCAAUGUUUGAAAAUAGGAGGAGACGAUUACAUAAUGAAGAGUCAGAUCGCUGGAGCUGGAGGUGUGUUCUUCAUACUGCAAGGUCUGUGCACAAUGACUGCAGUGUCUUGGUAUGCUUUCAAUAUCACUCAGGAUUUCUUUGACCCGCUUUAUCCAGGAAUAAAGUAUGAAAUUGGACAAGGGCUGUACAUAGGAUGGAGUUCAGCCACACUGGCUUUAUGCAGUGGCUGUUGCUUGCUGUGUUCCUGUGGAUUGUGCACCCCAACGGGAAAAAAGUCGUUCAGUCAAUCCCAUCUUCAGAACUUCAGAUCUUCAUACCAGCCCCAAUCCAUUAAUAUUGUUCCAACAGUUUCUACAACACCUCACUAUCUUUCCAGCCAAUAUGUUUAGUUAAUACAUUGAAUUAGUCAGAUCAACAAAGUCAAGUUACAGACAUCACAAAACACAGCAAACAUUUUACCUACAGAGCAUCUUCGGAAUAUAGCCAGAAUCUGCUGUGGAUAAGAACUGUCAAUUUUUUUAUGUUAACAUGUUCUGAAGUUUCCUGAAUAAGUCAUGUAAAUUAAAAAAAAUAAUAAAAAAAUUAAAAUGAACUGUACUGUUAUGUUUGACCCAGAUAUUAUUUAGAUUUAAGGCCAGAUUUUGUCCCUGACCUUAUUGAAUAUACAUUUGUGGGAGUUACAGGAAUAUGAGAGCUCACUGAUCCUCCAUAGGCAAGUCCAGAAAGGUAACAAAAACAUUCACAAAAGUACUGAGCACUGUGUUUAUCAAUGCUGCUGACUUCAGUGUUGGUGGAAGUUCAAUUUUGAGAGCAUACAACCUCAUUUCUACAUU